AUGCUAGUACGCGCCCGAGGCCCAGACGGCACUGUGCGUAUCACAGUUGAGCCAGGAGAUACGUUUGCUCGCUUUGGAGAGAAACUUUCAGAAGUCCUACCCAAAACCGUUGAUUUUGACACGUUAACUCUGUCCAAUGCACCAGCCGGUGGAGAUGUCAAACACCUCAAAGAUAUAGGACGCCACCCAGUAUCAGCAAUAGGCUUGAAGCAUGGUGAUAUCGUAUUCAUCAACUAUAAACAGGUGGAUGCUCUGUCAAAUGGACAUGCGAAUGGUGCUACAUCGACCUCGACCCCAUCACAUCCUCUCGAAACAUCGACGAAUCGACUGAAUGGGCAAGCGGUAUUACCGGAUAUGGACCUCCUCCCCAUUGAGCCAUUACCGGUGACCUCGCCUUCGCAAAAGAUAAAGAAUCCUUGGGAAGUCGUCAAGCAAUCAGCUUUAGAUAGCCGAUUAGACAAGCAGGAUGGCAGGAUACCUCGGAAGCGGGACCCAAAAAUGUGCAGACAUGGAGAUCGAGGCGCAUGUGAAUUCUGCACCCCUCUUGAACCUUAUAACCCCGAGUACUUGGCAGAGAAGAAGAUUAAGAAUCUGUCAUUCCACUCAUACCUUCGCAAAAUCAACUCAGCCACGAACAAACCCGAAUUAGGGAGUUCUUUCAUGCCGCCCCUCACUGAGCCUUACUACCGAGUCAAGAGCGACUGCCCAAGCGGCCACCCCCCAUUCCCAGCUGGAAUCUGCACGAAAUGCCAACCGAGCGCUAUAACGUUGCAACCACAACCGUUUCGGAUGGUGGAUCAUAUUGAGUUCGCGGAUGCGUCGAUAAUCGAAAAUCUGCUGAACUUUUGGAGGAGAUCUGGUGCACAGAGACUCGGAUACCUGUAUGGCAGGUAUGCGGAAUAUACCGAAGUCCCCUUAGGUAUAAAGGCUAUCGUCGAAGCCAUUUACGAACCACCGCAGGUUGAUGAAGUUGAUGGUGUUACUUUGAAUGAGUGGGAGAAUGAGAAGGAAAUCGAUGAGGUUGCACGACUCUGUGGGUUACAAAAGGUGGGCGUCAUUUGGACUGACCUUUUAGAUGCCGGUGCUGGCGAUGGAUCGGUCCUAUGCAAACGCCACAUCGACUCCUAUUACCUAUCCUCCCUCGAAGUUUGUUUCGCUGCUCGCCUGCAAGCACAACACCCCAAACCGACGAAAUGGAGUGACACUGGAAGGUUCGGUUCUGCCUUUGUCACCUGUGUCAUAACUGGAGAUGAGUCAGGUCAGAUUGCUAUUUCUGGUUAUCAAGUCUCAAAUUCCGCUGUAGAGAUGGUUCGGGCAGACAUCGUGGAACCUUCAGCUGAUCCACACGUUAUGCUCGUCCGUAACGAGGAGGAUGAUGAAGGUGCUGAAAGCCGCACUCGAUACAUACCCGAGGUCUUCUACCGGCGCAUCAAUGAGUAUGGAGCAAGCGUACAAGAGAACGCAAAACCGUCAUUUCCUGUCGAGUACCUCCUCGUUACGUUGACACACGGCUUUCCAAGCGAUCCAAAACCGCUAUUCAUGGCCAAGCCACCUGGAUUCCCAAUCGAAAAUCGUGCGGUUAUCGGUCAAGACCAGGACCUCAAGGAUGUGGGCAAGCGCCUUGGUAUGGAUAAGUCUGGCGAAGGCAUUAUGACAGUCUCUGAUUUCCACCUUCUUUGCUUCCUCCAUGGAUGCGGCAUCUUGAGCAAGGAUGAAGAAUCUCUUCUUUGCCGGGUAGCCACGCAACACGAUCUCGCUGACGGAUAUCAACUGGUAUCUACACCGGGUUGGGCAACGUUACUGGCAAUACUACAAUCGACUGGUGAGAGACCCCCCAAACGGCCAUCGCCGUCUGGCGGUGAUGGCAACGAUGAGCGACUUGCUAAGAGGGUUGGCGGGGUAAGGCUAGAAUAA